AUGCAGGUGACGCAGCAGCGUCAGCUUCUGCUGCCUUUGCUGCUGCUGCUCUUCGUGCUGCAGCAGCAAGCGGUAGGAGCUUCCGUUCUUUUGCUGCAGUCGCGGCUGCCUCCCAUAGCUUUCUUGGCCAAAGACACAGCAACAGCAGCAGCAGCAGCAGCAGCUGCUGCUGCUGCAGAGGGCGGCGUUUGUUGGAAUACAGCACUGCCACGUUGUGCAGCAGCAUCACACUCAGCAGCAAGAACAGCAGCAGCAGCAGCAGCAAAUGCCAGUGCUACAAGCGGGCCAAGUAGCUCUGCUUCCGCGGAGGAUGCUUCGUCUGCUGCAGCAUUAGCAGCAGCAGCAGCCGCAGCUGCAGAACAAUCCAAGGAACCCGCUGAGGACCAGCAGCAGCAGCAGCAGCAAGAGCAGCAGCAGCAGCAGCAGCAGCGCAGCACGAAGCGGCGAUCUUUAGAGAAUGCAUUAGAGGAGGAAAUCUCUGAUGGCAGCGAAGACCUUUGGGCAUUUAAUGAAAAAGAUCCCGUUCCUUCAGGUGCAGCAACUCAGAGAUUAUUAUCCGUUGCAAAUCGUUUGGCAUUGCGAAGACAUCCAACAGACACGGGGAGCAGCGAAGUACAAAUAGGAAUUCUUACAGCAAGGAUAAGCCAUCUUACCCGCCAUCUUCUGCAACACAGAAAAGAUUUUGCAACCCUAAGAGGCCUUAAAGUUCUUGUUGCAAGACGCCGCAGGGCUGAAGAGGAGAGACGGCUGCAGCAGAAACUACAAGUGCGGCCCUCUUUGCUGCUGAAGGCCUUCGAAGACGGGGCCCCCAACUCAGAGGGGGCCCCCAACCCAGAGGGGGCCCCCAACUCAGAGGGGCCCCCCAAUACAGAGGGGAGCCCGAGUUCCGAUGGUCCCAUCGGGGGCAACCCUGCAUAA